AUGCCAGCUUCGAAUCAGUCAUUUCUGAGGCCUGCUGGGUUGGGAGAGGACCGACCUAUUAUCCAGAUUGUACCAGAAAUAAUGAUUUUAGGAACAAUAUGGUGCCUUAGUAUCAUCGGGAAUCUGCUAGUCUGCAUUGUGAUUUACAGAAGUCGGCGUGUGCAGUCUACCACUAAUUACUUUGUGAUUACUUGCGCAUGCGCCGACCUAGUUUUCGUAUGUGUUGUUAUACCGUUGAUUUGCGGAAGAAUCAUAAUGAAUGAAUGGCUUUUCGGAGACUUUUUGUGUAGAUGUGUGCGGUUUGUACAGUCUGUUUUCCCCAGUGUCACCCUGUAUAUUCUCGCGUCUAUCGCUAUAGAUCGAUACUAUACAAUUAUCUAUCCUCUUAGUUUUAAAGUGACCAGAGAAAUCGCCAAGAGAAUGAUUAUCAUAUCCUGUCUAGUGGCAUGUCUAUUGUCCAGCUUUAGCUUCUAUUUCUAUCAUGAGGUAGUGAUAAUGAGUAACGCCAAUACGUCAAAGAGUGUCUGUCCGACGUACGUAAAUCCGCAGUAUGCUGUAGGCGCGGGGUUCAGUAUAAGUUUUGUGAUACUACAAUAUGUGAUUCCUGUAAUGAUGAUUGGAUUCAUUUACUCGCGGUUAGUACGAUUUAUAUGGAGGUCUGGUGAAUAUUGCUUACGGUUCAAAAGAACAACGAACAGCGUGCCUAGAACGAAAGUGAAGAUGCUGAAAAUGUUGAUAUUUAUGACAAUCGUUACCAUGGUGCUAUUUCUUCCUUCUUUUAUCUUUACGUUAUGGGUUGCCAUGCGUUCACCGGAAAUAAUGAAUCCGACUAUUUUUAUAGUGUGUCUAAUUUUACUUCUCUUUGCAACAGUUGCCAAACCUUUGAUAUACACGUGCUACAACUCUAACUUCCGGCGUGGCUGUAAGGAAGUGUUUUGUAUGUCCAGUUCUCGUUGUUAUCGUAGCAGCACAUACGUAAUCACGACAGCCUCAGCAUUAAGUAAGAAAAAUCAUGUAGGAGUUAUGAAAGGUAGUUCUGACAGAAAUUCUCCGACUAAAGCCUUUGACAGAUCUAUCCAGGAAGACAAGAAUAUUUGGCCUAUUCAUAGCGGCAUGCCUACGACCUAUCUCUGA